AUGCCGCCUCACUCACGUUGCUCCAUCGCUGUGGCCGUGGUGUGCCUGCUUGUGCUGGCAGGGUUUGUCAAUAGCCAACAGGAGCCUCUCCGCUCCGCCAUUCUUCUCGACCUUCGCCAGACAAAAAUGACGAAUACUUCACUGCAGGCAGCUAUCGAUAAGUACAUUAACUCCAGUGUGGAUAUUUCCAAGAUGUUUCCUCAAAGGCCCUUCAUUCUUGAUUCUAAUGGUAGUUUACUCUCCGCCCUGGGACACUUGGAACAGCUCUUUUUUCAUGAAGAGACAUUUAUCGAUGUUUUGUUUCUUGUAGAAACCGCCGACAUCUCGGUUGCUGUUGUUGAUGCUUUAAGACGAAACGAAAAAACUGCUGGUCUCACAAUUCUCUCAGCACACACAUCAAACCCUAAAUUGUGUGAUGUUGAAACCAAUCCAAACACGGUAUGUGUUGUGCCGCAAGAUAUCGUCAAUUUGCGUGGUGUGUUAGAAACUGUCUCUUCUGAGCUAGCAUGGUACUCCGUUGCCGUUGUGUUCAGCAGUGAUGCGUACGGGACAGGGGUGGAGUCUGUUUUGGAUAGUCAAAUCUCCUUUGCGCGUUCGGCCCCAACAGUUGUCACGAAAGUGUUUAUAAAAGUCAGUGGUACUUCUGACGAUGAUGACGAUGUCAUCCGUAAGGUGUUGGAAUAUCGUCCGGCCGGUGUUCUUUGUUUUGUGAAGGAAGACGAGUUCAUGCGUCUUCGUGCUGCUGUUGUACGUCUUGGAAAACAGGAUGAGCUCUUCUUACUCGGUUCACGCGAGGCAGUCAACGUGCUUGCAUUUUUAAAAGGCUCUGUUCAACCACUUGUGAAGCUUUGGGGUGCGCUUUUUGUGUCGCAGUAUACAUCCGUAGUGAACCUUGUCAAGCAGGGCUAUUUUGAUCUCCAACAGCUUGACGACUACGGUGCGUAUGUUGUGAGUCACCUAUUUGACGCAAUGCAGGCCGUGACACUGGCUGGUAACAUCUCAUCUGCAUCCAUCCGGUCAGUGCGCUUUGAUGGCUUGACGGGCACUGUUGCC